AUGUCUGGCGAUACUGCUACGAACUGGCGUGAUCUUUUUAUGACGGGAAUUGAUCAGGAAUUAGAAUUUUUUCCACCAGCGGUGAUUGAGGGCGCUUGUGUGGUCAAGCCGCCGAAAGAUGUGUUUGAGGAGGGAAUUUUGGAGUGGAAAUUUGCUCUUGCUGGGCAGUUUAUUGGUUCGGCUCCAGCCUUUGGUUACAUUCAGAGAGUUGUCUCGAUGCUAUGGGGGAAGGCUUCUUCGAUUAAGGUGAGUCUUGCUGGGCAAAACCUAUAUGUUUUUUCAUUUGCUAGUUCGGUUGCUAGGGACUGGGUUUUAGAUAGCGGUCCAUGGCAUGUACAACAUAAAACGAUCUUUCUUAGAAAGUGGGAACCUAAUUUGAAAGAGCUCCAGUUUGAUUUGAGUCGUAUACCGAUUUGGAUCCACCUUUACAAUGUUCCUCUAGAGCUUUUUUCAAGGAGGGGACUUAGCUACAUUACUAGCGCCGUUGGAAGGCCACUCCAUAUGGACUCUGUCACUGCUACUCGAGAGAAGCUUGAAUAUGCUCGAGUAUGUAUUGAAAUCACUGUUGGAUCUCCAAUUCAGGACCACAUCGAUGUUGUUUUGGCUGAUAAAUCAGUGGUUUGGAGGGCCAAGGGGCCUGUUCAAGAUGCUAAACAGAAUGUUUUUCCUGUCAGUGGUGGGAUUUUAGAUACCACUACUAAUACAACAUCAGAGGGGAUUAGUCCUGGCAAGGAUAAUGAUCAUGCAGUUAAUCAUGUUGGACUUAAUGGAUCUCUUGUUGAGAGUAACGUUGUUGCCAAAUCAGUGCUGGAUGUAGAUUGUACUGUCACUUUAGAUCUGGUCAAACAGUUUGAAAGUGAUGCUGAUGUCAGUACAGUGCUUGAGGGGGGUAUGGAUUGCAUUGUCUCGACCAAACAGGCUGGUCACCUUAAUAAUCCUCUUGUUAAAAGAGGUAGAGGAAGACCUGCUAAGGAGGGUAAGAUUACUGGUGGAGCUUCAAAGAAUAAAUUUGGCAUUCUUAAUUCUUUGGAUCCUGACAAUGUACUGGAAAUUUCUGCUGUUGAUUCUGGUAAAAAGCAGAGAGGUGCUUCUAUGGGAGUUGCUAAACUUGUUCAUGAACUAAAAAUGAAAAAGAAAGAGCAUGUGGAUAAAGUAAAGAAACUUGAGGAAAGAGGGUCCUUAUUCCUCCACCCCUGCUCCAUGUUAAUCUGUUUUUGGAACACUAGGGGUUUUAAUAGUCCCCUCAAGAAAGGAAAGGUUCUGAACUGGGCUGUCAAGAAUCAGAUUAGUAACAUUUGCCUACUGGAAACUAGAGUGAAUGAGAAUAAAUCCUUAGCUAUUUUGUCAAGUAAGUUUAAUGACUGGAAGUAUUGUUACAAUUAUGGUUUUGCUGAUAAUGGUCGUAUUUGGGUUCUUUGGCAAAGUAUUGUUGUAUGUUCCAUUAUUUCUACUUUUGAUCAAAGCAUCAUAAUUAAAAGUUGUUUUAGGGGUAUAUACUUCUUCUUUACUGCUGUAUAUGGCUUGAACGAUGGCUCUUCUCGUAAGCGCCUUUGGACCCAACUUUGCUCCAUGGAUGCCUUUGUGAAUAAUAAAUCUUGGCUAAUUGGUGGUGACUUUAAUGUCAUCCUCAAUGCUGAGGAAAGUUCUGCUCAAAUCAAAUCUGGAACCUUAGUCGACAUGGUUCUUGUUAAUCCAGCUUGGUCCGUAGCUUUUCCUGCCUCUGAUGUUGAGUUUCAGGCACCGGGUGAUUCUGAUCACUGCCCAGCACUUGUUUGGCUUCACAAAGAAGUUCCUGCUGCCAAGCCCAAACCGUUCAAAUUUUUUAAUUUCUGGGCUAUGCAUCCUGAUUUCAUGUCCUUAGUCAAUGACUCCUGUGAAAUAUAUGGGCAAGUAAGAGAGAAAAGGGAAAAAUUAAAGAUUCUCCAGCUUGCUAACCUCGAUAUGAUAACUGCUGGAAGUAACAUUAAUGCUGAGUUGGUAGUCGAGAAGGAGUUGAAGAUCCUUGAGCAGGCUGAGCUACUGUUCUACAAACAAAAAGCAAAGUUUAAUUGGAUUAGGGAGGGGGACCAGGGUACUCAAUUUUUCCACUCCAUAGUUGCCACUAUAAGGAAAUCCAAUACAAUUAGAGUUCUCUACAAUCCAAGUGGUGACUGGCUUGACACUUUUGAAGAAAUGUCUAAUGAAGUGACUAGAUUCUUUGUAAACCAACUUAGUGUGGCUGACCCCGAGGUUAAGGCCACUACUGCUAGCACUAUUAAGGAUCUUCUUGGCCUCUCCUUGUCAAGUGAAGCUGCAAAUAGUCUUUGCAGGGCUGUUUCUGAGUCUGAGAUCAAAGAGGCCUUAUGGAGACAAGGGAAUAACAAGUCACCUAGCCCAGAUGGCUAUAAUGCAUUCUUUUACAAAAAGACUUGGUCUAUUAUUGGCGAGGAUUUCUUGGCAGCAGUUAGGUACUGCUUCGAUCACUCUUUUAUGCUCUAUUCAUUUAACGUUGCUGAUGUGGUACUUGUCCCUAAGAUUCCUAAUCCUAGCUUAGUGAAGGACUUCAGGCCCAUAUCUUGUUGUACGGUUGUUUAUAAAACUGUUACAAAAAUCCUAGUAAACCGUCUCUCAUCUGUUUUCCCUGAUAUGAUCGCUUUGAACCAAACUGCAUUUGUGAAGGGUAGAAGCAUAGUUGAAAACACCCUACUUGUUCAAGAAAUUGUUAGGGGUUACUCUAGAAGUAAGAUAUCCCCUAGAUGUGCUCUUAAGAUAGACCUCCAAAAGGAUUUUAAUUCCUUAAGCUGGGAGUUCAUUGAUGUGAUCCUGCAUGCCAUGGGGCUACUUGAGAAGUUCAUAGGUUGGGCAUGGGCCUGUUUUGCAUAUCCUAGAUACUCCAUUGUUUUCAAUGGUAGUCUUGUAGGAUAUUUUAAAGGAGCAAGAGGAGUGCGGCAGGGUGACCCCCUAUUACCCUACAUUUUUAUCCUAGUAAUGAAUGUCUUGUCUAAUCUCCUUAAUAUGGAUGCUACGAAGGGUAUUUUUAGCUUUCAUCCUAAGUGCAAGAGGAUUGGGCUCACUCAUCUCUGUUUUGCGGAUGAUCUCCUCAUUUUUUGUAAGGGUAAAAUUAGCUCUGUCAUGGGAGUGCAAGCUGUGUUAGACCAUUUCUAUUCCAUGUCAGGGCUGAAGCUGAAUGCCAGUAAGUGUGAGAUAUUCACUGCUGGUAUCCCUGAUGAGCAUAUCAGUACCAUCAAAGAGAGCACGGGUUUCAAAUUGGGUAGUCUCCCAGUGAGAAACCUGGGUGUCCCAUUAGUAACCAGGAAAUUGGCUGUGAAAGAUUGCCAAAGCCUCAUCGAUAAAAUUAGAGCAAAGCUUAGCUCGUGGGCCAGCAAGCAACUCAGCUUCGCUGGUAGGUUGCAGCUUUUUCGUUCUGUUCUGCUCAGUAUCUCAAGCUACUGGAGCAGGCAUCUUAUUCUUCCUCAAGCAAUUAUUAGGAAGGUUGAGCAGUUGUGCUCUCGAUUUUUCUGGAAAGGGUCUGAUGUUCCUGCCAAAGGUGCACGAGUGAGCUGGAAAACCAUCUGCUUGCCAAAAUCAGAAGGUGGACUAGGGAUUCACGACGUAGGAGGUUGGAACAAAUCAUGUUCUGUUCAGCUAAUUAGAAAGCUUCUCGCUAAUGAUGACUCUCUUUGGGUGGCGUGGAUGCACUCUUACGUUAUUAGAAACUCUGACUUCUGGCAGAUGGAAGUCCCUAAAAAUGCUAGCUGGAGCUUCAAGUACCUGCUGAAAAUUAGGCCUGAGGUUGCUUUCAUCCUUGUGAGUCAAGGUCCCUUGGCACCACCUGGUCUGGUUCUCGGGACACUUCCUACUCGAGUGAGAGUCCAACGUAUGGGCUUGGCCAUAGAAACUGAUAAAUGUUUACUGUGUGGUGAGGAGGCAGAGACGAGAGACCAUAUUUUCUUUGAUUGCCAAUUUGCUAAAGAGCUUUGGGAAUCAAUUCUUGAGCUGUGCUGCAUUUCUCGUGGAGCUUGCAGCUGGGUUAGUGAACUGGCUUGGGCCUCCCUUCUAUUCAAGGGUAAGUCCCUCAUUGUGGGGAUUCUUAAGCUCGCCUGGUCUGGGCACAUUUAUGGUAUAUGGAAAGGGAGGAAUGACAGAUUGUUUGGGAAUAGAGCAAGAUCGAAGGAGGAAGUGCUAGGUGACAUCAAAGAGGUCAUCCGUAUCCGGCUGGUGGGUAAAACUUUCAACCGGUCUGAUCUUUCUAAUAUCGCCCUGUGUACUAACUGGGGCAUUACUUUAUUCUUAUUGUUCUGCUAUAGUUAG